AUGGCAGUGAGUCUCCGAAAUGGUAGAGACUUAGAUUUGGAGCAAGAAAUUGCUCGUGAAAGCAGACCGAAAGAGACACUGGUGCCAUUACACGUUGAGCUAGACAAUUCAGCAGGGUUAACUGAGGUGACGGUACAUCAUGCGCAAGAGAACACCAACAAAGAAAAAGAGGUUGUGAAAGAGACGAAGGUUGCACCAGAGCCGACAGUAGAAGCAGUGCCUGAACAAGAGAAAAAUCAAAUCAAAGGGAAGAAGCGACCACCAGCAUCAUUCCCACAGAGAUUGGACAAGUAUCAAAAAGAUGAGCAGUACAAGAAAUUCUGGGAGAUGUUGAAGCAAAUUCUGACCUGCAGUGCUAUUGUAAUGAGACCCAUAGCUGAGAAGCUGUCUGACCCUAUGAGUUUCACAAUCCCUUGCACAAUAGGCAAUUUAGCAUUUGCUAAGGCAAUGUGUGAUAUGGGAGAACCCAUAAAACUUAUGCUCCUGGCUAUCUACAAAAUGCUAGGCAUUGGAAUAGCUAGACCCACGUCUAUGUUACUACAGCUGGCUAAUCGAACAGUGAAGAGGCCCUCUGGGAUUCUAGAUAAUGUAUUGGUACAGGUUGGGAAGUUUGUGUUCCCAGCAGAUUUUGUCAUCCUUGACUGUCCGAAAUCUAUGCGGAGAUCAAGUGAAUUUGCUAAUUGCUCUCUAAUAGAUGCGGUGGAUGUGGUCUUGGAGGAGGAAGAUGAGGCAUUGUUCAUUAAAGACCCUCUAGCAGCUUGUCUCAUAAACUUAGAUGAAGCUAAUGGUGAAGACUUGGCAGAGUAG